UCAAUUCCAUUCAUUAUGACGAGGUUUGCUCGGGUUGCAGAUCCGAACUGCCCGCCUAGCGUUGCAAUCUCCGUGUCAGGGCGAGGUGGUGCUGGUGCUGGUGCCGGGACUGUGCGCCGUCAGUGGGCCGAUCUCACCAGCAGGGGACGGAAGGUGUCCAGCGGAUCUCUCCGAACAAGGCUGGCGUUUCCGUCGUCCUCCAGUCGCCGGUUUCUCGGAGUCGCCUCAGUGCUGUCGUCGGUGUCUCGCCUGGUUAUGGCCAGCUCGGCUCAGCAACAGCACAGUGUCUCGUUGUUCUUUGUCCAGGAGGAUCAGAAGGGGGGAGUUCAUUUCUCCAAUUCGCUGCAGAGUGAACAGCCACUGAAACUGCUGGUGGAAACAGAGGAGGGGGGAGCGGAACUGCGCGUGAUUGACGGAAAUGGUGUUUGUGUGUUCAAAUGUUCCAUAAGCCGGGAGACGGAGAGCUGUCGGGUGGGAAAACAGGCCUUCCUCAUCACAGUGGGAUGCACCAGUGUGUUACUUCAGUUUAACUUGCUUAAUGAGUUCCUUACCUUUUACAAUUCUUUAAAGACCUUUAGAAGCUCCAAUAAAGCUCCCUCAGCUUUCAGCCAAAGAACAGAAGAUGCUUCUGCAGCACAGUACUUCCAGUUUUAUGGCAGCCUAUCACAACAGCAGAACAUGAUGCAGGAUUAUAUAAGGACUGCCACUUAUCAAAGAGCAAUACUGCAGAAUCAUGUUGAUUUUAAGGAUAAGGUUGUUCUUGAUGUUGGCUGUGGCUCCGGAAUACUUUCAUUCUUUGCAGUUCAAGCAGGAGCUAGGAAGGUCUAUGCUGUGGAAGCCAGCUCGAUGUCAAAGUAUGCAGAGAUUCUAGUGAAAAGUAACAAUCUUUCGGAACGGGUCAUGGUCCUGGAAGGGAAAAUUGAGGAAAUUGCUAUUCCUGAGAAAGUGGACAUCAUUGUUUCAGAACCGAUGGGGUAUUUGCUAUUUCAUGAAAGGAUGCUCGAAAGCUACCUCCACGCAAAGAAAUGGUUGAAGCCAAAUGGGAUGAUGUUUCCUACUUUUGGUGAUGUUCAUCUAGCUCCAUUUUCUGAUGAGCAGCUUUACAUGGAACACUACACGAGGGCAAAUUUCUGGUACCAGCAGUGUUUCCAUGGAAUUAAUCUGACUGGGCUUUCCAGUGCAGCUAUGGACGAGUACUUCAGACAGCCAAUUGUAGAUACCUUUGAUGUAGUCAUUUUGAUGGCACGAUCUGUCAAGUACACUGUGAACUUUCUGGAAGCUAAAGAAAAUGAUUUGCAUAGAAUGGAGAUUCCCUUUGCCUUCCGAAUUUUGCAGUCUGGGCAGGUCCAUGGCUUGGCAUUUUGGUUUGAUGUGGCAUUUGUAGGUUCACAAAAAACAGUCUGGCUAUCAACUUCUCCUGCUGAACCUUUGACACACUGGUACCAGGUACGCUGUCUCCUACAGACCCCACUGUUUGCCAAAGAAGGCGAGACGUUCUCAGGGAAAGUCUUACUUGUGGCAAAUAAACGACAAAGUUAUGAUAUUCACAUUAUGGCAAUGGUAGAACAAACAGGGUUCAAAUCUGGGAACCUGCUAGACUUAAAGAAUCCUUUCUUCAGUUUUUACGAAUGAUGAGUUCUGGAAAAGCUCAGCUGAAACCGACACCAGCAUUUCUUCUGAACAAGGUACUCAGGUGACUGCAGUAGAACAAAAUCAAGCUGCAGUUUGAACCAGCUUUUUUAAAAUGAUGCUUCCAAAUUGCAGCAUCCGUUCUCCAGAAUACUUUUAUCAACCUUUACUAGUGAACAAAGCACAUGUGUAAAUACAAAUGUCAACUUGCUAGCACUUGUGCAGAGCAUCAGAUGCAGCCCAAGAGUUUGAAUUUAACAAAAGGCAGCCAGAUAUACAUCUGUUGUCAGCUGCAAGGCAAUAAAAUAAUAAAUUUGUAGUCUGUUUUAUAUAUGUAUGUGAAAAGUAUUACUGUGUACAUGUAAGAUAUUAUUAAGUCAGAUACAAUCAAGAGUAUUGUGUAAAUAAGACAGUUAUAUAGCAAUUUGGUUAACUUGCAACUUUAAGAGAUAAAUUACAAGAAACAGUUUCAAUAUUUACCUAAAUGAAAACAAUCAAUAAGUAUGGCUUAUUUAUAACUCUAGCAUUCUAUACUGUAUAUCAAAUAUAUUUUUCACUGUGAUGUUUUGGCAUUUGUGCUCUAUGACCUGCAACAAUUAUUAAAUAUUUUCACUGAUUAAAUUGCAAUUUGUCCAUGCUUGGGCCUGUACCAUUGUUUUGCCCAAUAUCUUGUGUCUGGGUUAGAUAUAACUAAAUAUAAUUUACACAUUCCACUGUUCCACAAAUGAACCAAAGCAGAGAAUGAUGCCCUAAUUCACAAGCUGCUGACUGUAUCUUCCACCAAUCACCUGGGCAGUAUUUGCAAACAAAGUUUAGUUCUAACAAUGUAUGGCUGGUUUAAUCAUUAUACAUGCUGAUGUCAUGGCCAAGAGAGCUCACCAACGCCUGUACUUCCUCAGGAAGCUAAAGAAAUCUGGCAUGACCCAUUGAUCCUUGUCACCUUUUAUUGACGCACCAUGCAAAGCCGCCGAUCUGAUGCAGUAUGGCUUGGUGUGGCAGCUGCUCUGCCCAUGACCAUAAAAAUCUUCAGACACUUGUGAACACAGUUCAACGCAUCACAGAAACCAGAUUCCUAUCGAUGAACUCUAUCUACACUUCUCACUGCCUCAGUAAAGCAGCCAGCACAAUCAAAGACCGACCCACCGUGGACAUUUUCUUUUCUCCCCUCUCCCAUUGGCAGAAAGUAUAAAAUCCUGAAAGCACAUACCACACGGCUCAAGGACAGCUUCAAUCACCCUGUCGUCAGACUUUUGAGCAGUAAACUGGACUCUUAACCCGACAACCUACCCUGUUAAUCAUCGUGCAUCUGUGUCGAAUUAUAGUUUUAUUUAUUAUUAUUUCAGAGGUUGUUUAAAAGUUACCAGAUCACCCACUUCAAAAGAAAACCAAAAUUGUUGGUGGCCGUUUGUAUGAUCACACACGUGAAAGAAAUAGAGUGGUAUGUGUUUGUUUCUUUUCAAUUUUCUAACCAUGUUUACAAAUCAUAUCUCAACAUUUUGCAGAUUUGAACCUUUUCCAAGCCAUAAAACAUCUGUUCCCAAAAUGAUCUAAGCUAAAUGCCAGUUGUGAUACUGCAUUAAAUUACUCCACCCAUCUCCAAGGAGGGAGUCAAAAGCGUUGCUACACUUCCCUUACCAAGGACUUUCUCCCUUCUUUUUUCUCUUUAAAAGGAUGUGAGUUUCCCAGAAUAGACAAAUAUUUUUCAUGUAAACCAUCUGCACUCCAAAACCAAAUGCUUAUCUGGAACUUUGUGUUCCACUCACAUCACUUUUUAAUAUGUAUUCAAAUGAAUUUGAGAGCUGAAAAUUGAAUUGAUGCAAUAGAUGUGGACACAUUCUUGUAGAGUCUGUAUGGUGGAAUAUCUGUAUUAAGGCCAGCCUGAUCAGCAAUGCACUUCUUUCAGAGAGAGGGCAAGAGUCACUGCUCACUGGAUAAAAAAUGUUAGCCUCAUAUACCAGUGGCUUUGGGAGUAGCAGCUAAUAGGAUGAAAGUGAACAAUGGCCUUAGGUUGUGUGAAGGUUGUUUUCUUUUCUGUCAUAUUUACUUGACAAUUGCAUGAAUCUUUGUCUAACAUUAAAGAUGUAUCCUUUCAUUGUCUCAAAAUGUAAGCAUUGUCAUUGUCAUGGGCAGUUUUGUACUCCAUACCAUGCUUUUGCUGUUGUAUACAGCAUCAUAUUUAGAGUAUGUCUUACAAUCCUUGGAAAUACUGUACAAACUCUGCCCCCAAG